UAUUGAUAAAAAAAAAUUUCAAGUUAUGAUAUUUUAAUUUUUAAUAUUUAUUUUCUUAUUUCAUAUGUCUAUUAAAUUUCAUUAUUGCACUGUUUUGCGUUCGAGCUCGUUAUCACUUUGCUGCUCGAGUUGCUGUUCACGUUCAAUUGAACGUUGUGCGCUCGUUGUAAACACGACAUAAAUAUAAAUCAUCAUGGACAAAAUAUUGUACAUUGUAUCGGCGACACAUUUGGUUCUCUGCCCGUUCACCAAAGUCGAGGAGAGUUUCAACAUUCAAGCGAUGCACGACAUUUUGUACUUAAAAAAUAAUUUAUCACAGUAUGAUCAUUUAGAAUUUCCUGGUGUUGUACCAAGGACAUUUUUGGGUCCACUGUUCAUAUCAGCGUUGUCAUUUCCAUUUAACUUUGUUCUUCAGUAUCUUCAGUUCAACAAAAUGUUUAGCCAAUUAUUAGUUCGCGCAGUAUUAAGUAUUGUAGUAGUUACAAGUAUUAAAUACUUUAUUAAGAGUAUUGCAAAGGUAUUCGGAAAUGGUGUUGGAAACUGGUUUAUCAUCCUAACAGCAUCACAAUAUCAUUUAAUGUUUUAUUCAAGUCGUCCACUCCCUAACAUUAUGGCAUUUCCUUUAGUAAUGGUAGCACUGAGUUCUUGGAUUAGAGGAAAACAUACCUUAUUAAUAUGGAGUUCAGCGAUUGCUGUUUUAAUAUUCCGUUCAGAAUUGGUUAUUUAUCUAGGUAUUAUUAUACUGAUGGAGUUGUUAUAUAAGCGUCUUAAAUUAUUUAGGGGACUAAAAAUUGGAAUUUGGGCUGCAUUGACUGUUUUGACUUCAAGUAUUGUCAUUGACUCUAUAUUUUGGGGUCGCCCAGUAUGGCCAGAAGGAGAAGUUUUGUGGUUUAAUACAGUACUCAAUAGAAGCAGUGAAUGGGGUACUACACCGUUUUUAUGGUACUUCUAUUCCGCAAUACCACGGGGCGUUGCAUUUUCUAUAUUCUUAAUACCCUUUGGUGUGGUAUACGAUGUUCGAGUAACAAGACUUCUCAUUCCAACAUUGAUGUUCGUAUUGAUUUAUUCAAUACUGCCACACAAGGAACUUCGGUUUAUUAUUUAUGUAUUUCCAGUUUUAAACGUAUCUGCUGCUACCUAUUGCAACAGAAUAUGGCGAACUAGAUUUAGACCAAAAGGAUUCAAGAAUCUAUUUGCUCUUCUAUUCUGUGUUGGUCAUAUUAUUGGAAAUUUGGCUUUUACAGUAAUUCUAUUGAGUGCUGCAAUUAAAAAUUAUCCAGGUGGCCAUGCAAUGACACUAUUGCAUACAUUUGAAUAUAAUCAUCUAAAUGCUAAUUAUACAAUACACAUUGACAAUCUUGCUGCACAAACUGGAGUAACUCGAUUUACACAACUCAGUGAUCAUUGGACGUAUAGUAAAACAGAAAAUCUGAAACCAGGAUGUGAAGAGCUUAUGUCGUUCACACAUUUAAUUGUUGGAUCAAGUAGCCGAGAUAAUGAAGAAAUGUUGCAUUAUGUAAAUACUCAUGGUGUUAUGUCUACUGUUCCAGGAUUUUCACAUAUUUCGUUUAAUUAUAACACUUUUCCACCUCUCAAAAUAAAAACUAAAACACAAAUAUUUUUGUUGAAAAAAAAAAACAUUAAGUCUGGUGUUAAGCAAAACAUAAAGAAAAUUGUUGAAGAAUUCAAAAAUGAACAAGAUUUUGCGAAAAAAAUUGAUUUAAACUUAGAUUUGUUAGAUAAAAGCACUAAAAAAAAUAAAAAUAAACAAAAAUAAAUUCAAAUUAAGCUUUUGAUAUAAUACAAGUACAUUUUUAGUGAAUUUUAGACAAUUAUACACCUGUACCAUAUGUAUAAGUUAAUUUAAUAAAAAAUAUAAAAAUAAAUUUUAUCUGUCCCACUAAAGCUGUAUCAAUUCAAAUUGUUUUGUUUUCUUUAGAUUUUGUUCUUUCCAACGUGAAAGUAGCAUCAUUUUUUCUAUGGCUUAAUUUUAAUAUAAUAUCAGAAUUGACUGAAGUAAAAUUACCUAUAAUAUGUUUAUACAUUAAUUGUAUGAAGAGCAUUUAAUCCACUAUUCUUCCUUAAUUUUUUUGUCUAGCACUAGAAUAAUGUAUAUGUUGCAGUACGUUAAGUUUUUUCAUUUGAAUUGAGUUGUAAAUUAAGAUUGAUUUUUUUUUGGUUCCAAGCUUCAGACUUAAAUUGAUGGUUUAAGUUAUAUAUAAUGACUAGGUAAUUUAUUUAAAUUUGAAAUACAUACAGAUUUUAUUUAAAACAUGAGAUUAAAUUAAAUUUGGUUACAUCAAAUAAGACAAAAUAUCAAUGAUUACUAAACAUAUUCAUCAUUAUUAUUGUUAAAUAUUUCACGUAACUAUUAUAUAUAAUAUUAUUGUAUUUAUUAAUAAACGUUGUACA